CAGCAACCCUUCCCUCCAGGUUUUAGUCCAUCCCCUCCCUCUGCUCCUGCUCCAACUCACCCGACUCACUCCAACUCACACAAAACCAGCUGCUAGCUGGUAGCGUCAGAAUCAAGUUCUACGGUUUAGUGGCCCUCGGAAACUCAUACUCAGCGUGCAAGUCAUCUUCAAAGAAUCCUUUAUUCAAUCCUUUCCGCUCUGCAGACUUGCAAAAAUGGUGACUAUGGCGAAACUGCAGGUCGUCCUAGCGGCCCCAAGCGCAGUUCUCUCUCUUAUAAUCGGCACAGCACUGCUGACCACCAUGUUAGAACCGGUGCCACCUGGACGAGCCGCUAUGCCGCUUCAGACAGCCAUGCGGUUUACUGGGAGUCAUCUGACCAACCUGAGGGUAAUCGUAACCCUAAUGGGUGUACUACUCGCGAGCUGCACCAAUUUGUCCGGGUGCCUCCGAGCCACCAGAUUCACAGACGGAGCAGCAGUUCUGGCAAUGAUGGUGCUGACGUGUGUGGUAACCAGCAAGAGGUUUCGACUCCGCUUCGCGAAUGCAGAGUCUCUGAAGGCCUUCUAGUAAGGUGGGGUGGCACGUACAAGGCUGGGUGCUGCCACUGAAGGCUGCAAUGUGCUGAAGGCUCCCUGGAAGUUAUCUGACCAAUCUGAGGGUUAUCUUACCGUGAUGGAGGGCAUCUGACCAGCGUGCUGGACCACACAUCACCGUUCUGCACCAGAUGCAUGUGCAACAGUGCUGGCCUUGGUCGCCAAUGUGCGAAGGACUUGACGCGACUCUGCUUCUUGAAGGCAGUAUCUGAAGCCACUAUAAAACGCAAAUGUGAUGUGUGUAACCUUCUGUAUAUGUACAUUAAAAACAGAACACCCUGCUUGGUGUGACCAA